CAGGGGGCGCCACUUUAUGAGGCAGGGGGUCUGGGUCAAGUCCUGGAUUUUAUAGGACUUGAAAUAUGUCUCCUAUUUAGUCUUUUAUACUAUUUUCUAUCAUUUUUAAUCAGGUGAAAUUAAUAAAAUGACGCAAAUUUAAGGGUUUUUUUUUGGGGGGGGGGGGAAUUAAGUUCUCCAAAUAAAGUAAUUCAAGAAAUCAAAAGAUUUUACCAUUUAUUUCUCCGGGAGUGAAAGAAAGUAUUGCUUCUUUUAUCGUUUAGUACAUUUUUCUGAAAAAGACACCACGAUUUACCUUAAAUUUGAAAAUUUUAGGGGGGGGGGGGGUAUGGAGCGCCAAAUUAACAUAAACUCAAAUAAUUGAAGAUAUCUUCAAUUUGAAGAUAUCAUCAAUUCAUUUGAUGCGUGCAACAAUUUAAUUAAAGAUCUCUUCAAAUAAUUAAUGAUAUCUUCAAUUCUGAAUUAUUGCGCGCAUUAAUUGAAUUGAUGAUAGCAUUAAUUCUUCAGCUGAAUUGAUGCGCGCUUUAAUUGAAUUAAUGAUAUCUUCAAAUGAAUUAAUGAUAUCAACUAUUGAAUUGAUGCGCGCUACAAUUCAAUUGAAGAGAGCAAUAAUUGAUAUAAUGCGUGCAUUAAAUCAAUUGAUGAGAGCAAUAAUUGAAUUGAUGCGCGCAUUAAUUCAUUUGAAGAGAGCAAUAAUUCUUUUAGAGAGAGCAACUAUAUAAUUAAAGAUAUCUUCAAUUCAACAUAUCCAUAAUUGAAUUAAUGAUCUCUUUAAAUGAAUUGUUGCUCUCUUUAAAAGAAUUGAUGCGCGCAUUAAUUCCGUAUACAAAAGCAUUGUAAAUAAUUAAAGAUAUCUUCAAAUGAAUUAAAGAGAUCAUCAAAUUAUUUAUACCGAGCUCUAAAUUAAUUAUUGCGAGCAAUAUUUCUACUAAAUUGAUGCUCUCAUGAAAUGAAUUGAAGAGAGCAAUAAUUGAAUUGAAGCGCGGAUUAAUUCAUUUGAUGAUAGCAAUAAUUAUUUAAUGCGCGCAUUAAUUCAAUUAAAGGGAGCAAUAAUUGAAUUGAUAAUAUUUUCAAAUAAAUGAAGAUAUCUUCAAUUAUUUGAGUUUAUGUUAAUUUGGCGCUUCAUAGGGUGGGUGGGGGUGGGCUUAAAUCCGCCACUGCUAUUAGGAAGGUGACUCGGGUGAGCGUCAUGGUCCAUGAGCCUAUGUUUAACUACUUGUAGCGACGGUAAUAACAGGAAACUUAUUAAAAACAGUGACAUUGAAUCUCAUAGAGACUUGAGAGGGUUAAGAUGGUCUAAUUUCAUACAAUAAAGAUAGACCUAAAUGUAAUGUAGCAUAGACAUAAAGCACCGUAUUUGGAACUCUUUUACGCAUAGAAACUAAUAAAGGUCUAUCCAUGCUGCCAUUGAUUUAUCGGCAAGUCGGACUGUUGUGCGAGUCGUUGUGCAGGGAAAAGAGAGCAUUGUUUCUUUCUUCAAGUCGAUCUCUAAGUAAAAAAAUGGCAUCAAACCCCAAAAGAUCAAAACUGGAAACAGAUGAGAGAGAAGAUGCUUUGUCACCACUAAAGACAGCAGGGUGGACCAUGGUGGAAGGCAGAGAUGCAAUCUACAAAGAAUUUCUGUUUAAAGACUUCAAUGAGGCCUUUGGUUUCAUGACAAGAGUGGCAAUACAGGCAGACAAAAUGGACCAUCACCCAGAGUGGUUCAAUGUUUACAAUAAGGUGCAGAUCACACUCAGUACACACGACUAUGGCGGCCUGUCACACAGGGAUGUAACCCUUGCAAAUUUCAUAGAGAAGUGUGCAUAGUGGACAAUCUGACAAGAUGAGUCUUACUGAAUCUCAGCAGCAUUCCAUGGUCUAAAGUGUGAUGUGAACAAAACCUUUUAUUGUCCGAUGUAUUUAACCUCUGUGUUGUUGGUGGUGUAGGUUAGAGGCUUGCAUUGAUGUAAAGAACCAGUUCAGUGAAUCUAAUCCACUGUUUACAUACAGUGUGCCAGGUGUACUUACUAGUGAUUAUAGUGGAGGAGAUUCUUUUAUGUAUUAUAGUUUUUUGAAGACAGUAUUAACAGAUAUAAAAAUUCAUUGUACAAGUUUUCAUUUCAUACAUAUACCAAGCGGUAAAAAUAAGUGAGAAAUCAAUUUCUAUGUGUAUGUGUAGAUUUCAAUUAAAAGAUCAGGAAAAGAUUGA